AGGACGAACCACCAUGGUUGUUGCCAACAAACCAUGAAGAGCAACAACAGUCACAGCACGGAAGAAGAUCUGAAGCAAGAGACCUCUCCAACUAAUUCCCCUCUUACAACCCUUGAUUCAAGAUUUAAUCAAACUCUCAGAAGUGUUCAAGGUAAUUUCCUCGGGAAUUUGUGGAUUAUGAUGCUGCUAGAUGAGAGUAAAGUAAGGAAUUUUCUCAGGCUGUUAAAGGGUCGCAGCUUUCCUGGGAAAGUGUUGAUAACAAGAAGAUCGGAUCCACCAGAUGGUACAGUCUUGGGCUCUCCUGGUGUUAAUCGGAGCCCCUCAGAAAUUGACAGGUCACCAAGUAAACACAUGGAUGAUCCCGACGAGGAUAAAAUCCAUAGAAAUAAACCAAAUACUAGUACAACUGUUAACAAGUUGAAACCAUCAAUGUCAAAUCCUGAGGAUAAGUCGAAGGAGGCUCCAAGAUUUGUGAUGGGUGCCCGAGCUACAGAUACUGCUAGGCUAAUGAAGUUCACAAAAGUGUUGGGGGGCACAACUGUCAUUUUAGACAAGUUGCGUGAGUUAGCAUGGAGCGGUGUGCCACCUUAUCUUCGUCCCAAUGUAUGGAGGCUUCUCUUGGGAUAUGCACCCCCUAAUUCAGAUAGAAGGGAGGGAGUCCUAAGAAGAAAGCGCAUCGAAUAUUUUGACUGUGUUGCUCAGUAUUAUGACAUUUCAGAUAUUGAACGUACUGAUGAAGAGAUUAAUAUGCUCCGGCAGAUUGCUGUUGAUUGUCCUAGAACUGUGCCUGAUGUCACUUUCUUCCAACAAGCAGAAGUGCAGAAAUCUUUGGAGCGGAUACUCUACACAUGGGCAAUCAGGCAUCCAGCAAGUGGAUAUGUCCAGGGAAUAAAUGACCUUGCAACACCUUUUUUAGUUGUUUUCUUGUCAGAACAUUUGGAAGGGAGCGUUGAUAAUUGGUCAGUUGCUGAUUUAGAUCCUGAAAAGAUCUCCAAUGUUGAAGCUGAUUGUUACUGGUGUCUAUCCAAGUUGCUCGAUGGUAUGCAAGACCAUUAUACGUUUGCUCAGCCAGGGAUUCAAAGGCUAGUGUUUAAACUCAAGGAACUAGUCCGGCGAAUUGACGAACCUGUUGCAAAGCAUAUGGAUGAGCACGGGCUUGAGUUUCUCCAAUUCGCUUUCCGCUGGUUCAACUGUCUUCUAAUUCGAGAGAUCCCUUUCCAUCUUGUUACCCGUUUAUGGGACACAUAUCUUGCUGAAGGCGACGCUUUACCAGACUUCCUUGUGUAUAUAUUUGCCAGUUUUCUUUUAACAUGGUCAGAUAAGCUUUUGAAGCUUGAUUUCCAGGAGAUGGUGAUGUUUCUUCAACAUCUGCCAACUAACAACUGGAGCCACCAAGAGCUUGAGAUGGUGCUUUCAAGAGCCUUUAUGUGGCACACCAUGUUUGAUAGUUGUCCCAACCACUUAGCCACUUGACCCAACCCAACAUUAGGACUUGCUUGCUUUCUGCUGUAAAAAUCAUAUACUGUUGUAAAACAAAACAUACUAUUCAAUUUCCUCCACUUUGAAGCUUCUAA